UACCCUUCAAAGUUAGUUUUAAUUUGUGAAUCAGAACAUGCGCAGAUAAAACUUUAAACUUCUACGUGUUAUUUUAUUUUACAGGAAGUACGUUUGUUAUCUGACGGGUGUAAAAUUUUGUUUAAGCCAUGGAUACUUUUUAAAAGUUGAAAACAUGGCAAAGUAAAACAAAUUUAGAAGAUGAGUGACAUGACUGGUGAUACUGAUGUUGAUGAUAAAGAUGAUGCCACUGAUCAUAGGACUGAGCAAGAAAGCGAGGAAAAUGAACUGGACAAACCUGAAUUCAAAAACUGGAUAAGAGGAAUUAAAGGUCUCGAAUUCUUGCAGCAAGGACUUGCACCUUUUGUAGACCGCGAAUUUGCAAUUAAGCAUAGCAUUUUAGUGCAAAGUUUAAAGGCUAAACCGAAUGCACAAGCACCUUGCAAUUGUACACUCGACAAUAUUCUUCCAUAUCAUGCUGGUGGGCAAUGUAAUAGACAAAAAUCCCGAGAUUGUAUUUGUACUAAGAACAAGAAUAGAAGAAAAUGCCCUGAUGGGAUAUGUAGUAAAAUUUUCGACUUUAUUGUACAAGAACAUCGUUUUACUAGUCCAUCUUUCAGAAAUUCUGACAUGAGUGAAUGGUCAACUAAUGCAUGGAGCAUUGCUAAGUGUUAUUUUCCAGACACUAAAUGUUCGAACGAUUCAGCAAGGUUAACAGAUGCAUCAGGUCUUUUGAACAUCAUGAUCAAUGCCAUCUUUUUCCAGCAGAAACUUGCAUGUGUCAUCGAUCCUCCAAAUGACAUUCUUUCUCGGGCAAGGGACUAUAGGAACGAAUUGUGCCACAAAGCUAAUCAAGAGCUGACCGAGCAGCAAUUACAUUGUUAUCUUGAUAAUUUUAUAUCGGUUUUGCAAGAUCCCAAUAUGCUUAUUGGUGAUUCUGAUGCGAUUUCAGCUGUUAAGAAAUUAACUUUGCUGAAGAACAAUCAAAUUCGUAUUGAAAAAGAAGAGAUGAAAACGAUUGCCGAACGUGUUAAAGAGGAUCUUCUUGAAAAGAUGCAGAAGUAUGAAUUGGACGCAAACACAUUGUCCGGAGUUAUGUCGAAAACCGAAAGCAAUGAAAAAGCUAUAAUUGAUUUAGCUUCACGAAUGCAGCAAAAUGAAGAUGACAUAGAAAAGCUAAAGAAAGAAGAUGCAUCCGGUAGAAGUAAUAAUCCUUCUACUGAAAAUGAUAAUAUUGAAGCACAAUUUGGAGACGAUGAUAAAGAAGAUGUCAUACCAGGCUUACCAACAGAUGUCGAUGUAAGAAAGGAUGUAGAGGACACUCCCAUAGAUUUGAGAGACUAUCAGAUGGAACUAGCACAGAAAGGGCGGGAGGGUAAGAACGUAAUCAUUGUGUCACCUACAAAUACAGGUAAAACAAGAGUUGCAUGCAAAAUUAUACAGGAUCACAUUCGGUCAAAAACAGCCAUUGGUGAUCCUGCAAAGGUUAUAUUUGUAGUAAAUACGGAACCUUUGGCGUUUCAACAGGGACAACAAUGUGCAAAACACUUGCCUUACUACACAACCAAAGUGAUCACUGGAAGAGUGCAACGAGAGAAAAAACAUUAUUUGAAAGAUUACAUAUAUAGAAGAGAUAUACUUGUAGUUACAUCUCAAGUCCUUUUGAAUUCAUUGAAACUUAAAGAAGUAAACAGUAUAAAAGAAUUUUCCUUGAUUGUGGUCGAUGAAUGCCAUCACACUACAAGAUACCACAGCUACAACCAAGUGAUGAGUGUUUACCUAGAUAUGAAAAUACGGGACAAUGUCGGGCUUCCACAGAUAGUAGGACUUACAGCCAGUCUUGGUGUAGGUGGCAGCAUCGAAGAAGCAUCUGUGAAAAAGCAUAUGAAAUACAUUAUGGCCAACUUAGAUGCACACUUUCUAAGCAGAACCCGUGAUAAUUAUGAACAACAGUGUGAAUUUGCAAAUAAAGCAAAAGAAUAUAAAGUGGUCUCUAAAAAGAGAUCAAAUGAUCGGUAUAGAGAGGCUAUUGUGAUUAUCAUGAACAAAAUAGAUCAGUAUAUGGCGAAUCAUUACAGUUUAACAAUGCUUUCAAGAGACGAGGAAUCAAUAAAGGAUUGUUGUAUAGUGCCUCUCAACAAAGGCUCAGAACAGUUCAUUCAGUGGAUCAGCAGUUUCCAGGAUAAUAUAGUUAAACUUCGAAAUGACCGUGUUAUUCGGGUGUUAAGCCCAUGUUGUCGUCAUCUAGAAGUCUACAAUAAAGCUCUGAUGAUGCACACGGAUGCACGAAUUUGCGAUUCAUUGGCAGUCUUAGAAAAUUCUAUUGAGACAGGAAGUGAAGAAAAUGAGACAGACAGAAUGCUAGCUAAUCUUUACACAAGUCUCAAAGCGGAAAACUUUAAAGAUGAGCCUGAAAAUCCAAAGCUGAAGAAACUAGAAACGAUUUUAUUGCAACAUAUGAGGACAAAAGAAUCAAGAUGCAUUAUUUUCACAAAAACAGUUGAUCUGGCUAGGGCAAUUACAAAAUGGAUAAAUGAAAAUGAAUUCCUCAGAAAACUAAAUGCACGGGAGCUGUUAGGAAGAAAAAGCAUGUCAAGAAUUAGUCAAAUUGACGUACUGGAGUAUUUCAAGAAUGGAAGGCAUAAGGUAAUAGUAGCUACAUCGGUUGCUGAAGAAGGGUUGGAUGUGACAUCUUGCAAUCUUGUCAUUCGGUAUGAGAAUGUCAAAAACGAAAUAGUACGGCUACAAUCAAGAGGCCGAGCAAGAACAAAAGAUAGCUCUUAUUAUGUGCUGACUGAGGAAGGGUCAAACCUUAUACAAAGGGAAGAAGAACUUGAAGUACGCGAGAAAAUAAUGGAACGUGUUUUGCAAGAUCUACGUGACAGCAUUGAGACAAACCAACAACAGUGGGUAUUGGAAUUGAAUGUCAUACAGGGAGAAAAAGUAGCAACCGAGCAGCGAAGAGAACAAGAAAUGAUGGCAAACCUUACUCCUGGUGUGAAACAUGUUCACUGUUUUAUCUGUGAUGCUUUUCUCUGUUUGUCAACAGAUAUUCGAAAAUUUCAAAGUCAUCAUAUAGUGAUUGCAGAUGAUGUUGUUAAAAGGGUUAUAUAUGUACGUGAUGAAAAGCCAAAAUUUGAAGAUGAGAAAUUCAAAUCCGAUGGUAAAGUUUUAUGUCUUAAAUGUCGAUAUUCUUUCGGUGGUGUUUUUGAGUUCAUGAACACUGAAUUUCCUGUGAUGAAACUGAAGAAAAAUAACAAAAAGAUGAAAGUUACUGACAAAGUUUUAAAUAAAUCGUACUUGUUUAAGGCUUGGAAAGAGAUUAAUUUUGUUGUUGAACCGAUUUCUGAUAAAGAAUUAGAGCGUGUAAUAAAAAGUCGGGACGAAUAUAUAUAUUAGGCACGAUGAAAUUAUACAACAUAGAUGCCAAUACUUUGACAGGAGUAUCUGCAUAUGUAAAAGUUAUCUCAUUUCGAAAUAUGAGGACUUAAACGUCAAAAGAAGUCAUGAACGUCAGUUAAGUUACUUAAUAUUAUACCUAAAAAGAAGAAAAAAUCAGAUGUAUUGUACAAAUGUGUAACUGUAUCAUUUUAUUGAUAAAUAUGAUACAUAGUAGAUAUCUCGGUGAAUUGUAGUGUUAUAUUAACUUGUAUGAUCGUUGAUGUUGAUAUGUUUAAUAAGACUCAUAAUAUUCCAAACAAUCAGUGUUUAGAAAAGCAUAAUGAUAUUGAUUGUAUCUCCCUAAUUAACAAGAAUGUUUUAUUGAUUAGCAUUUCACCUCUUAGUUAGCAUGUUUAACCGUUACUCUAACAUUGCUUAGUUUAUAAAUUUGACUUUGCAAUUUUCAUACAAAUUUGUUGUGAUUAAUGCUUCCGAGGGAUCACACUUUUUUUCCAGACUUUUUUUAAUGUUUAGAACGGUCUAAUCUUAGUUUGAGUCGCUGCUGGCAUUUAAGAUUUAUUGUUUUCUAGUUUAGGCUUAACUGCAUAUCAUUUUAACUCGAGGACCAUACGCCUUUGACUUAUGGAGUGUCAACAAAGUAUCACAUUGAAGGUUCCAUAAUGACCGCCGUACCGCAUCUGAAUUUGUUUCUUAAUUCAAAGUUCUCUAUUUCAUGUUUGAAUGUUGAAGGCGUGUAUACAGUAACUUAAACAAACCACUACUGUCCAUUUACAGGCUCAGUCAAACCGUCUGUGGUAUUUUCAAUUUUGAAGAUUUUGGAGUUCUUUAAGUUUUCCAUAUUUUCUAUUUUAACUUCAUACAAUUUGUGUUUCCUCGCUAAAUUUGAUUCUUGAAACAAAUUAAAAUAAUUUCAGUAUAUUUGCGUGGACAGUAACUUGCAUUUUCCAUUUCGUCCAUCAAAAAGCUCAAUCAACCAAGCCUGCAGCAUUUUCAAUUUUGUCGUUUAGGUCUUCUUUAGGGAUUUCGCUUUUCUCUAUUUUAUUGUCAUGUCGGUGUUAUUUUGCCGCGUGGUAGCCAAAAAAAGUUACCCCAUUCAUACAGUCCAUGAUGUCAAAUGUUUUACCUAUAAAGAUCGUUCAGCACGACAUUAUUGUUGAAAGCGCAUUUUUUUUGUACUUUACAUCUUUCUAAUUUGGCGUUUUUUCUAGUUGGGUGGUUCCAGUAUACUAAUUGAAUACUGUUUAAUCACACUUAGGAUAUGUUGCCUGAUUUUUACUUUGUCUUGUGACUGCAGCUGAUCCGUGAUAUGCAGUCUUUAUGACCUCUGAUCCUCUUUCAAAAUUCAAUUUUAUUUAGUAUUAAGGUACACGCAUUAUUUUAAUUUGGGACCAUAUACCGCUUUAAAUGGAAUGCCACAAGCGUGAGUGUUUUAUUCAAGGUCCUAUGAUAACCAUCAUAAGAGCACAUCUGCGAAUAUUUCAAAAUUCAAAAUUUUACCAGUUCAUGUUACAUGUUGGAUUCUCCUUAAGUCGAUGCUAGGGUACGCGGACGAUAACUUGCCUUUAUCAUUGCCUUUAUCAUUGCCUUUAUCAUUGCCUUUGCCUUUAUCAUUGUCUUUAUUAUUGCCUUUAUCAUUGCCUUUAUCAUUGCCGUCCAUGAGCAAGCUCAUUCAAACGGUGCCUGCAACGUUUUCGAGAACGUCGCUUUGGGCGUUAUUUAGGGCUUCUCUAUCUUAUAUUCAUGGAUGUUUUCUAUACAAAAUGUAUAUGCAUAUGAGAAAAAAACAGCACAACUUUGAAGUUUCUAUAUCAAAAUAUAGUUCUCGAAAGUAAAUGAUGAUUUUGUAUUUUUAUCAUACACUUACAAAUGUGAGCAUGCAUUAUGUUGCAAUCAAUCUUUUAUGUUUUCCUUUGUAAUUGUUUUCUAUAUUUUUGUCAGGUUAGAAUUAAUUAAACGUGUAUUAUCCUUUUAUAUUCAUUGUAUUUUUUUCUUAAUUAUACACUAUUUUUCUUACUUUUGAUACAUCUCAUUUUUACAAUUUCUGUUUUUUAUGUUAGGAAAAAUGUUCUACUGUAAUAAUAAUGCACUCACAAACGAGUGUCCAGAUAUAUGUUGACACAAUACUGACAGAAUCAUGUCGAUCAUGUUCUAGCAGCUGACGAAAUUUCGCUCUAGUUUAGUUCGAUGUUUUUUUCAGGCAAUAUCGUUUUCAAGUAAUUUCUAGGUAUUCACUUGCUAGAACUUAAUUACUUUCUUUAACUAAAGACUAGCUUUUACAGUUCAAUACAGUUUGUACGACGGAUACAAAUUUAAGCACCGCAUUGUCUUAAAUUUCAAUCAGCAUUCAAUGACUAUGUAUUUGUUAAUUGUUUAUAACAUCAAAAGAAAAUUACUGUUGUAAUCCUAUGUAAAGUGGCUGUAAUAAGUUACAAUUUGUGAUAAUUUGUUUGAUCUGCAACGUUUUGUGAGUUCGGUGUUGAUAUGUUACUUUUUAAACUACUUUCAAAGGACGAUUUAAAGCUAGGUGUUUCUUUAUUGUUUUCUGUCGUGUUUCGUGUUUUUGUCUGUCAAAUUGUUGUACAGUAUGUGUUCUCGAAGCUUCUAGGACCAAUGCAUUGAUCAGCAGUAACACCACAACAGAAAUUUAAAUUAUUUAUUUUAAUCAUUUUAUGUAAUUCAAAAUAAAGCAUGUUUCAUUAUGUGAUUUUAACCUGAAUAAACAUCUGAACAAACAACAGGAAGACAUAUUUGUUAUUUUUAGAGAGAAAUAAUCCGUUACUUCGAGACUUAUUAUCAAGUCAUUAUUUAUGAUUUAUUUCAUGCUA